AGCUCACAGUACUACAUGUGCAGGGCGGAGCUUCACAUGCAACAUAACAUUGACAGCGCAACUAGUUUGGUUUAGUCUGGCAAGGUAGGAACUCAGAGACUACAGAUGCUUCGACGUUGGGUUAAUUCAGCUUAAGAACCUAGUCCAAUUACCAUGAAGACAGGAGGAGAAAUCCCUCCGUGUCCACCGCUGAGCAACUGAAGAAGAGAAACACCGUGAAUGUUAAUGUUUCCUCAUGACAGCAGGACUGGAGAUGCGAGCGUCGCUCUCGUGGGCUCUGUAUUCAGGGCAAGAUAGCUAGACUUUUCUAAUCUUAUCUGUAAGCCGUUUGUUAUUCCUCCACUAAAGAGCUGCGAGUGGGAUUUCCUUCGUAAGAUUCGACUUUUUUUCCAGCUCGCUUCUUAUCAUGGAGAUGUUCACGGACGUCUUACUAGUCACUGCAAACGUUGGAUCACUGUUUGACAAUGUGGGUGAGAUUGAAGGAGACUGGCUGCGAGAGUUCUUCACGACGGUCCACAUGUACAAGCCACGCUUCGUCGCCCUGCACUUUCAGGAAGUUGGUGGAAAGGACUAUAUGGUGAAUAUGGGCCAUGCAGAGAACUUUUUCUGGACCAUAGAGUCCAGCUCUGAGAUGGCAGACUUUGACAGAGUCUGUGUCUAUGUAGACAGUCAUUUCAAGGCUGUGGACAGUUUCACGGCUCUGGGAAGCAUGUAUUUCAUCCACAAGUCACUGAAAAAUAUCCAACAAUAUGACUUCAAUGUGAAGGAGUUUAAAGCUGUCUCAGGCCAUAACAAGUACGUGGGCUCCCUGGAAGGAGUGGCUACCAUGGAAAAAGAGAAAUUCCCCAAGAACUUCUGGCCUGAUUUCAAGUGGUCCAGAAAAGGCUACAUGAGGACACGAUGGAUCAUUCACAACCAGGGUUUGGACCUGGUGAACGUUCACCUGUUUCACGAUGUCAACCUCAUAGCCUGCAACGCUAGUCCGUCAGUGUAUUCCGCGAACCGCAAGAAAGCUCUCAGAUACGUCAUAAACAGGGUAGCAGAUAACAGCUACAGUCCUCUUCCCUUCUUCCUGUUUGGGGAUUUCAAUUUCCGCCUUGACACACUCAGUCUAGUACAGAACCUCUCCAUGUCGGCUGAUAUCCAGACGGUAAAAAAAGACAGUAGCAACGAGGUAGAAAAAAUCAUUUGUGAAGAGAAAGACAAUGACCACAAGGUCCUCCUUCAUAUAGAGACCAAGUUAUUUGCUUACUUGCACCAGGCUGUGUUCAGAGAAAACAACGGAAAAGAGCUGCUGAAGUACGAUAAGGAGAUCGCUGCGUUCCACGACGUCAUCACAGAGGAGGAUAUCCGGUUUCCUCCUAGUUACCCAUACAGUGAAGACUACACUAAACCUACACAGUACAUGAACACACGAUGCCCGGCAUGGUGUGACCGCAUCCUAAUGUCCCACAACGCGAGAGACAUCAUUCACCAGAGGGAAGAGGGUGAGAGUGCUGUUGUUUAUAACACACUGGGCUCCAACAUCUGCAUGGGAGACCACAAGCCUGUUUUCCUGUUUUUUCCACUGAAGACAAUUUCACAUUGACACUAGGAGAGUCAAAGGGACUUCCUGUGUUGUUGACGUGUACCUAGAGGUUAAUCUGUGGUCAUCUCUUCUGAUCAUGCCAGGGCUCUACAACAAGUACACACUCACUCUCACACACCAAGACAAUGAGAAACCCCUACAGGACCUCUGAAAUCUCCUGGCAAACUCAAGUGGGCACACAAUGUAAAGGACAGGAACUGUUCAUUUUCUGAAAGCUAUGUUCUCUUAGUUUUACUUUCAUCAUGAUGCACAUUUAACAAAGACUUCAGGUAUGUUCAGCGUGACUUCAGAAAUGUCUGAACAAAGAAAAAUAGGACGAAAUCAAGACGGACCAAGAGAAAGAACACAAAGGCAGUUCUCAAAGCUAUCAACUCCUGACUUUUUACAAACAACUAAGCUUAAGACUUUGCAUAGAGUAUGUAAACUCAUGCGAAUUACAAUGGCAUGUUUUUAAAAUUACAACUCCAUUUGUUUGCUUUUACUCUUUGUAAGGAUGUGAAUACAAGUACAAGUAUGCUGAAAAUAUCACACCCAAACGCAAGCUGCUGCGACGCACAAGCUUUGGUUGCCGUUUCACUCCGGAAUCUCUUUGCAUUGACAUUCAUCAUCUGUGUGCAUGUGCGUCGAGUAAGCGUGGGCUGACACUGUAGCUUUCAGCUAGUUGCUUUUCAGUUCUUAUACUUCUGCAUGUGCGAGUAUGGAUUCAUAAUCUUCUAUUUUUGCAUUUACACUCACCUCAGCAUUUACGGCCGUCAGCGUGUCUUCAGCUUCAGUCAUUGUCUCUGCGGGGUUGUUAGUCAGACUUGCGGAUCAAUAGAAUAUGUACAGGACAGCAAGGGACGAGUUAUAAAGCCAUUAGCACUUGUGAAUUAUGGAAAUCCCAACCAGAGUGCCCUGGCCUGGAAGCCCCCAGACUUUUAAUUAGAGCACUAGUGCAAUGCUGAAUGCUAAUGUGGAGCGUAGCAUUCGGAGAUCUGUUUGUUCUUUAAUUGCGUUGGAUCUUGGGUAUUAUUUCAUAAAGUUUUAACAGCUCUUCAUAGUUUUUAUUGGUGUUGGUCCAGCGUUAAAUCUGUUUAAAGCUUGUCGUAAUGACCACGUUUUAUAUAGUAAGAUUCUGUGUGGCAAAUUACUUUAUGCGUUGUUUUAUGUAAUGACUUUAAAUUGUAAAUACGUAGGGCUACGUAACUGAUGCUCAGAAAUGUAUUAAUAAUCAAAAACCGACAAUAUGCAAGAUUGAAGUUGACACACUUUUAUAGUAAAAUAUCCCUUUAAAUGUCCCAGCAACAUGUUCCUCAUUUCAAAAAUCAAACAAACAAUCUCUACACGCGAUUAUAUCCAGAUAUGACAGAACCAAAUCUGAAUUUAUUGAUUAAAUCAAUUUAAUUUGAACACCCCCACGCAUAAUUUACGUGUGAGGGUUAAAUCGUACAGCCCACCUGUCAAUAAUGGACUUGUUGAAGUUGAUUCAUGGUAUGGUCAACAUAAUUUACUGUUCUCGGGGGCAUCGCUUCAAACCGUGGUUCAAUAGGAGGCCACGGAGUCGCUGUAGGUACGGCAUCGAUGUCGUUUAGCAUUUGAGAUUUUACAGAUAAAUACAAACACUACAGUCUCUUGAGAUUUAUGUGCACUGUUAUUAGCAUGCUAAGUUACACGUGUAUGUAGCCAUUCAUGUUUGCACUCGUUUUGGGGAAGUAUUUUACUUUGCAGUGAUGUGAGCAUUCAUAGUCAGUAAUAAAAGGGAUUUUUCUUUCGUAGCAAUUGUGAAAUCAGUCACAUUGCUUAUUUUAUGUUAACCUUUAAGUUAUUUCUACUUUUUGUGUCACUUUCACUUUUCUUCUUCCUUUUUUAUUAAAAAAUAGACUUUGUCAUGGAUUCACCCCAGAACCAUUGAAAAAUAUAUUGUAUAUUAUUAUAUAGUGUCUAUCCAGAAGAUGGAUAGUGGUAUGGUGAAAAGUUUAAGAUAAAUGGUGACUGCUGGGCCAG